AUGCAAGCCGAGCGGAACGAAAUCAACGAAGACCGUGUGUCGCUGCAAAAAGAAGCUCAGGCGUUGAAAGACGAGGGCGACCGCAUGGCAGAGGCUAUGGCGUUCCUUGAAAGGAAGAUUGAAGAAUUCAGAGACCUGAGCCAAAACCUGCCUGCCAUGGUGGAAGGGCUUCGAUCAAGUCGGCAGAAGCUGGACGCAGAGCGGGCUGGAUGCUUGGAAGAGAACGCCAGAAACAAGAGCGAAAGGCAGGCUCUUGAAGAGCAAAGGCUGACCCAAGAAGCUGCCAGGCUUAAAAUCGCGCAAGAGAGGAAACUGUUGAGCGAGGACCGCAACGCAGCACACCGCGCCGCGGGGGAUGCCAGAGAAGCUCGAAGGCAUUUGUCCGAGGCCAUCCGAGUCGCGUCCAAGCAAGGCCUCGUCGCCACAGUCUUCUGGGAUAGCUCCAGGGCGACGAUCCAGACCGCAGGCCCGCAUGGGUGCGAGACGACAGCACAAGCGAUUGAUGUGAAUGCUGACGGACAUGAGAACUUCACCAACCAUGACGCGGAACACUCACGCAACCCGCAAGCAAUUCAUCGUCAGCGCAAAAACAGCCAAACAAACGCCGAAAAGAGAGGGCGAGGCACCUUGAUGAAGCUCGUGAGGCAGGCAGGGCUUGACUUCAACUCCCUCGAGCGCUCAGCAUCUCAGGCCACGGCCUACGCUGCGUCUCAGGCGGCGUUCAUCCAGCAGCUCCGGGCCUCCCACAAAGAAAACCUUUCCGGCGCUGCCCCGGCCACCCAGGCUGGCUCACUGCGCGACGAGGGCGGCGCGACCCACGCCGCGCGGGCCCCAAGGCCCCAGCGCCACCCGCCGCCCGCCAAGAGACACACCCCGGUCGCCGCAGGUGCACAAUGGCAGCCCCGCGGCGCCCCUCUGCCCCACCAGGCGGAGCCCUGCGCCACUCCCGCGCUCUCCUGCCCGGCCACGUUCGUCUUCCCCGCCUUUACCCCCCUGCUGCCCAUCAGCAGCACCUCGGACUCCAAGGGCACGCCCCCCAAGGGGCAGGACUCCCCCUGGCUGCUGACGCCUGGCGGCCUGCCUUCUUCCGAAACUGUGACCGACAGCACGGCGACCCCGCCAACGGGCCGCCGCCGGCCGUCAUCGACAGAUGCAGAGAUUGUGUCGAAGGGUUCGGCCGGGGAAGGGGCCUCGUGCAAUCAGGGCGCGCCCGGACGCAGCGGGGAGGCGAGGGCGGCGUCCGUGGCGUGUGGUUUCGAGUCGCCGGAGGAGGUGCAGUCCUUGAGGGAGAGGGAGGGAGACGAGUGCCGCGGUGCGCGUGGCCAGUCGCCCAGGCUGGUGGCGAGGAACUUGGCGGCGGAGGUGUUCGAGCAGGAGCAAGGUGGGGAAGGAGGCAGCGAGGAGGAGGGGCUGGCACACGAGUGA